AUGUCUCAUGAUUCUGUUUCAACUAAUGAAAAUACUAACUUAAAAAUUGACGAAGAUGAUGAAAAUGAGAAAUUGAGAAAUAGAUAUACAAUUGAAGAUGAAACUCAAAGAAAAAGAAAAGAAAAAUUACAAGCAUGGAGGAAAAAGAAGCAACAAGCACAACAAUUUCCAAAAAAUGUACCUUCGUCAAACUUACAACAAACUUCAACAAUUAGUCAUCAACUUUCAAAAGAUAAAACCGCAAUAUCAAUUUCCAAAGAAGCAUCAACUGUUAGACCAUUUCGACGAAAAAGAAUAGAAUUUGAAGGAGAAGAAAAUCAUUCAAAUUUGAGAAAAAAACCAAAAUUUGAAGUACCCAAAACUGAGAACAAUGUAUUAAUAAAAGAUACUUCAAAAACUGUGGAUGAAUUGGAUGUUUUCAUAAUUCAAUUAAAUAACAACAACUCAAAACAAACAUUAAUUGAAAAAGAAGAAGUUCAAAUUUAUUCAGUUUCAGAAGAAGACGAAAAAGAAGAAGAUUUACAAAAUAGAAUAGAUUCAAAAUUAGCCAAAUUGGGAAAUACCAAAAUACUUAAAGAAAUAGAUCUGUCUAAAAUCAAUUAUAAACCGUUUAAAAAAAAUUUUUAUCAGGUCCCAUUUGAAAUGUCACUAAUGUCACAUGAAGAAAUAGAACUUUUAAGGUUGGAACUAGAUAACAUAAGAGUUAAAGGAGAUAAAAUUCCUAUUCCUUUUACGAAAUGGUCUCAACUAAUACUACCUUCAAAUAUGAUAAUUGUUAUAAAUGAGUUAAAUUUUACAAAACCAUCACCCAUUCAAUCUCAAUCCAUUCCUAAUGCAUUAUCAGGUCGUGAUCUAAUUGCAGUUGCAAAAAUAGGUUCUGGUAAAACUUCAUUUUAUGUACUUCCAUUGAUGAGACAUAUUAAUGCUGCUAAUACUGGUCCAAGUGCAUUAAUUUUAUGUCCAACAAGAGAAUUAGCAUUACAAAUUGAACAAGAAGUUUUAAAUUUUUUCCAAAAAAGUGGAUUAAAAAAUUGUUUGUUGUUAUGGUGGUUUUAA